GCGGGCGGGCACCUGGCGGGGCCCCCACGCGGGACCAGGUGGAAACCCGGGGGCCGCGAUGGGCCGCCGCCGCCUGCCUGUCUGGCUGUGCGCCAUGGCAGCGCUGCUCUCGGGGGCGCAGGCCAAGGGUACCCCGCUCCUCGCGCGGCCCGCGCCGCUCAGCGCCUCCCGCUACAGCCUCUAUACGACGGGAUGGCGCCCGCGGCUCCGCCCGGGGCCGCACAAGGCCCUCUGCGCCUACGUGGUGCACAAGAAUGUGACCUGUGUCCUACAGGAGGGAGCAGAGCGCUAUGUAAAGGCUGAAUACCGGCAGUGUGGAUGGGGGCCCAAGUGCCCUGGGACAGUCACGUACCACACAGUGCUCAGACCCAGAUACAGGGUGGGCCACAAGACAGUGACAGAACUCGCCUGGCGUUGCUGCCCCGGCCUCACUGGAGAAGGCUGCCCGGAACACCUCACGGACCAGGGCGCUGCCCCACCCCAGCCAGAGCCUGAGCCACAGAUUCCCUCGGGACAGCUGGGCCCAGGCCCCAGGUCCCCUCCUUCUAGCAGAGCAGCCUCCAGCCCCCAUGGAAGGAAAGGCUCAGGGCUAUUCGGUGAGCGGCUGGUACGCCUGGAGGGUGAUGUCCAACGCCUAGCACAAGCAUAUGGUACCCUCAGAGGCCUGGUGGCCAGCCACGAAGACCCCAACAGGAUGACUGGUGACCCCAGGGCUCCUGCUGCCCCUGUGGGCUUUGGGGUCAUCGCCGAGGGAUUUGUGAACCCCAGAGACCGAGCUGGAGGGCUACUCACACCUCCCCUGGAUGAGAUCUUGAGCAAGGUGACAGAGGUGAGCAACACGCUCCGCACCAAGGUGCAGCUGCUGGAUGAGGUGCAUGGGCUGGCACUCGGCCACGAGGCCCACCUGCAGAGGCUGCGGGAGGCCCCCCCAUCUCCACUCACCUCCCUGGCACUGCUGGAUGAAUACAUGGAUCAACGGCUGCACCGACUCUGGGGGAGCCUGCUGGACGGCUUUGAACAGAGGCUGCAAGGUGUCCAGAGCACAUGUGACCUGCGGGUGCAGGAGGUGCGGCAGCAGUGCGAGGAGGGUCAGGCAGCCAGCCAGAGGUUGCACCAGAGCCUGGAUGGUCGGGAGCUGGCCCUGCGCCAGGAGCUCUCACAGCUGGGCACCCAGCUGCAGGGCCUGAGUGUGGCCGGCAGGGGCAGCUGCUGUGGCCAGCUGGCCUUGAUCAGUGCCCGCAUGGACCGCCUCGAGAGGAACUUACAGGCAGUCACUGAGGCCCAAAGGGGCCAUGGCUCCCCAAGCAGGGAUGAGCUCACGCGGCUCUCUGCUGCCAUACUUGAUGGGGGCAUGGAUGGGCUGCUGGAGGGGCUGGAGACCCUCAACGGGACGGAGAACAGAGCAAGAGGCUGCUGUCUGGGGGAGGGGAGCUGGGGCAUGGGCAGCUUCAGGACCAUGCUGGAGGAGCGUGUGCAGAGCCUAGAGGAGCGCCUGGUGACACUGGCUGGGGAGCUGAGCCAUGACAGUGCCCUACCAGGCAGGUCAGCACGGCCGCUGGUGCAGACAGAGCUGGCUGUGCUGGAACAGCGCCUGGUUUCACUGGAGACCUCAUGCACCCCCAGCUCCACCUCAGCCAUCCUGGACAACCUUGUGGCAGAGGUGAAAGUCUGGCAGAGCCGGAGUGAGGCCCUCCUGCACCAGGUGGCCAGUCACACAGCCUUGCUCCAGCAGCUCAAUGGCACUGUGGCUGAGGUCCAGGAGCAGCUGGCUGAAGCGAUGGGCAGCUCACUCCAAGGCGAGAUCACCCUGCUUAAGGUCAAUCUGAACUCUGUGAGCAAGUCGCUCACAGGCCUCAGAGACUCCGUCAGCCAGUACUCCGAUGCCUUCCUGGCUGCCAACAUAUCCCUGGAUGAGCGGGAACGCAAGGUGGAGGCUGAGGUCCAUGCCAUCCAGGAGCAGGUCAGCGGCCAGGGCUCAAGGCUUCAGGCUGGACACAGGCAAGUCCUGAGCCUGCGGGGGGAGCUGGAGCGACUCAAGGCUGGUAUGGCCAAUGUGGCCGGGGGGCUGAGCCGCUGCCAGGACACAGCCCAGGAACUCCAGCAGAUGGUGGGCCACUUCAACCAGAGGGUGGCACAAGUGGAAGGUGCAUGUGGGAGGCUGGGCCUACUGUCCAUGGGCCCAGACAACUUGCCCACUGAGUCAUUCAGGCCUAGGAAGGGCCUGUGGGACCAUGUGGACCAGCUAAACCGCACGCUGGCUCAGCAUGCCCAGGACAUCGCCCGCCUCCGGGACGACCUGCUGGACUGCCAGGUACAGCUGACCGAACAGGCACGGCCAGGGCAAGCUGACUAAGCAGGUGGGACAGGACCUACCCCCUGAUCCUGCCAACCCUGGGGACACCCCUCCAGAGCCCAGCCUUGCCCAGCAGUACCUCCUAGCCUCCCCUGGCCAGCAUGGAUGCCUCCGAGGCCACUGAAGGAAUAGUCUUGGUCUAGCUCCAUCUGAUUAUCCCAGCCACCAAAAUCCACACGGUGCUGUACCAACCGGACAACUCAGGACAGUGGUCAAGGCAAGGAUGCCAUGUCUGCAGGCCAGGGUGGACCUAGGACACCUCACAAUCCAGUCUGCAAGUUGCUCUUUUGCAGACACCCUGAGUCAGCAGCUGUGUGAAGACUUGCAGGCCCAGCCAGACAGUGGCCUGUCCACCUCUCCCUUGGCCCAUGGGCAAUAGCCCCCAGCCCAUGAAAGCUUCUGGUUCCCUUAUCCCCUUGGCUUCUCUCCCCAGCCAUCUGGGCUGUUUCUGCAGGAGGGGGUUUCUGCCCGCUGGCACUGUCCUCACACCUGGCAGCUUCACAGAUGCUGUUCUGAACCAAGGACCAGAGGCUUCCACUGUCCCACAGGUCCUUCAGGACGGCACAGAAACACAGAACUCAGCCCAGAGUUCUCUUUGUUCCUCUGGCUCCUCCUCCAGGGUGAAGACUUAGGCAGCUGGAGAUUCCCAGAGGAAAGGACUGGGUCCAGGCCAUCUGGAGACCCCACCCCAAAUUAUCCUUUCCCUGCCCUUCCCUGAAGAUGUUUUCAGGGCACUGCAGUCCCACCCGGUCCUCUCCUUUCCAUCUGGGGGAAUAUCUUUCCCUCCAGGUUAGGGCCUCUCCAAAGAACAGCCCCCAUGUACGUCAUGGCCUGAAUGAGGCCAGACCUUGGGCAGGAGGCCAUGGCUGGAGGGAAGGGCUCUAGGCCUAGUUUCCAAUAGCAAAACUCCAGCCCCGCCUAGAUGUUCACAAAGCUGUGAGAAAUUCAGGUAUGACACCAUCACGGGACAACCUGAAAACACAAGUGUUCAUGUGGCCCGUGCAAUUUCCAGAGACCCUGAUGCGAGUCCCAACCCCCACUGCCCUCACCCCCAUUUCCAGGGCAGCCUGGGCCUUCCUGUGCUGCUCCCCAGGUCCCUGUUGCCCCACAUUGCAGAUUCCUGACAUUUGGGCUCCUUCCCUCCAUUGUGGGACUGCUCAGGGAGGGCAGGCCUGAUUAAAGCUUGU